ACAAAGGGGGGCCUAUAAUUUUGUUACCCCCUGUAGUAAUGCAGAUUCUAAUCCCAGUUUAUCAUUUGAUUUUAUAAAUAAAUAUCCAUUGUUAAAAAAAUUAAUUAUUUGGUAUCAACGAGUUAGCAAUGAAAAUGAAGCUGAUGAAAAUAAAGAUAAAUUUUUAAACCAUUUUAUUGAUACUAUCACUGAUAAUUUGACAAAAUCGAAAAAUAAUUUUCGAUAUAGUAAUUCGAUUAAGAAUUUUGCUUUAUCGUUGUAUAUUUUAGGUGGUAAAUUGACCUAUGAAUUUCUUAGAUUAAAUUUACCUGGAUCUUUACCACAUCUAUCUUUAUUAAAUUCAUUGAUUUCAAGUUCAGAUUCAAGAAUCAGUGAAGGAGAAUUUAGAUUCGAUCAACUUCAAAAACAUUUUGAUAGUCUUAAUGUGCAAUAUGCAUUCGGCUCUGAAGAUUGUACUGGUAUAGUUAAAAGAAUUAAAUAUGAUUCAACAACAAAUACAUUUACUGGAUUUCCUUCAUUACUUGAUCGUGGAGUGCCAAUUAAAUCAUAUUAUCAGACUGACUCAUUUGAUGCAUUAAAAUUAUGGUUCAAUUCAAUUGAUAAAGCAUCGUUAUUGAAUGUACAUAUGAUUCAGCCAGUGCAAUCCACAGAUAAUAGCAGCAUACCAAGUCCUUAUCUAUUAUCAGCAUAUGGAAUUGACAAUACUGCAACCGCGAACGAUAUAUUACAGAGAUGGUGGUAUAUAUUUAAUCAAUCCUUACAAAGAAAUAUCAGAAUCAUUGGUUUUUCUACUGACGCGGAUCCAAAAUAUCUACGUGCUAUGCGUUUAAUGAGCGGUUUUCUUGGAGCUCUUCCGAAUUUUCAAGUUCACCAGCACCCACAAGCAUUUCAAAUAAAAAUAAGAUCACACUGGUCUUGGUUUUAUCUUCGUGAACAACAAUUAUUAUUAUUUUUUCAAGAUCCGACACAUUUGGUAACCAAAUGGCGUAAUCGUUUAUUAUCAGCAACAGCAGAAUUAUGUCUCGGAAAUCAGUCAAUAUCGAUCAAUCAUUUGCAUGAUAUUAUUGAAAAUGAUACUUAUUCUAAACUUGAUCAUGGUCUAACAAAAUCUGACAUUAACCCUAAAGAUCGUCAAAACUUUAGUUCUUGUUUGAAAUUAACAUCUAAUGAUCUAUUCAAUAUUUUAAAUGCUACUGCUGAUACUCGUGGAACCUUGCUUUAUUUUCAAGUGUUAAAAAUGAUUAUAGUAGCUUAUAUUGAAAAAACAACAACAAUAGUUGAAAGACUACGAUCUGCUUGGUGUGUAGUGUUUUUUUGUCGACUAUGGUUUACCUGGAUUAAAUUUAAAACAUUUAAUUUAACACAAACCAGAAACAAUAAUAAAAGCAGAUAUUUUAUUACACAACCAGCAUAUUUAUCGGUUGAAAUAAAUGCUCAUAAUUUAUUAUAUUUAAUUUUACUUGUCAAACAAAAGCAGUUACCACCACAAGCAUUGAAUAUUCCUAUUUUUAACUCGCAAGCUUGUGAAUCAAUUUUUAGAAAUACACGAGCGUUAAGUGGAAUUUAUUCAACCAUAGUCAACUUUACAGUACAUGAUUUUCUACGACGUGCCCAAAGAUUAUCAUUAUUGAAUGACAUUAAAUGUAAACAGUUACAUAGUGGUUCAGUUGACAAGUUAGUCUUUCCGGUUCAUUAUAAACAUCGGGUUGAACGUCAAUCAUCAUUUACACACAGUCAACUUGAAAUUGAUGAAAUAGACAUCGAACGAGUUAUUACUGAUGCCUAUCAUCAUGCUGUUGAUAUGCUUGAAGGUCUAGAUAUAUUGAACUUAUUGGAAAAAAAACAUGUUCUUGGAUUAAAACCAUUAAGUGAAUAUUUAUUUCGACAAUUAAAUUCCAAUUCACAAAAACAUAAUUACUCUUCUCAAAUAAGCAAUAUAGACGAUGAAGUAUUUGAAAGUGACGAUGAUAAUGAUGAAGAUGGAGAUGACACAACAAAUGAUCUCAGCAUGAAUGAGGACAAUGAUGAUAGCUCUAUUAACAACGAUUACACUGAUGAAGAUGAACAAAAUAACACUCAAGAUUUAAUAAAUACUACAAAGAAAGACUUCUCUGGAGUAAAAGUUGCUGAUAAAGUGGAGCCUCAUAUUGAACAUACCUAUUGUAAAGUGAAAUUAAAUCAUGAUACAAAAUUUUUACACAAACAAACUGCUUGUUGGUUGUUAACAGAAGAGAAAAUACAAUGUUUUGAUGAUUGUCUUCAUCUUCUCAAUGGUCGAUUUAAUCAACUUCAUACGCUCUGUGUUGAUUUGGUUCAUAUUCAUCAUCCACAUGAAAUUUUAAAUCAAGAUGAUUUACCAAAUCUAAAGUGUUUUUCUCUGUCCUGUUAUUUAACAACAAGUUUUUACAAUGCAUUGAUCCUACCACUGCUAUAUCGAAUGUCAAAUCUAGAACAACUCGGUUUGUAUAUUGCAAUUACUAUUAAUACAGCAUUUAUUGAUGGAAAUCAUUUAAAGAAAGAUAUUAUUAAUCGUAUGUCACGAUUAAAUCAAUUUACAUUUUAUAUUCAUUCAUUUAUGUUUAAUUGUAAUCAAUUGGAUUUUCCAUCAACAGAAGAUAUUCAACGCACAUUCAUUGACUUUCCAAAUAAUAAUAUAAUUUCUUAUGUUGAUUAUUUUCCAGAAGCAAAAGAAAAAGAAUUACCUGUGAUUAAUUAUAAAUCACAAAAUGAAAAACAAUCUUAUGAAUCAAACAAUGACAGUCAAAAUUUAUCUCUUAUUGAAUAUUCUUUUCUUAAUGAACUUGCUAUCGUCAAGAUUCAUGAUGAUUAUAUAGAACAAUUUCUAUUUAAUACUAAAACAUAUUUACAAAAUAAUGUUCUUCAUAUCAAUUAUGAAUCUUUACAACGAGUAACACACAAUUUCACAAGAGAAAAUGCACGAACUAACUGUGCCAAAAUAAAUAAACUAAAAUUAUACGGUGAAGCAACAUGUCCAAACUCUUCUUUACAAGAAUAUUUUCCUUAUGCAAAAAUAUCUUAUCUAGGAAGAUUUUGA